AGGUUGUCCCUGGCAAUGCAGGACUCCAUGGCUCUGGCUAAUGAAGCAGCGAGUGAGGUAGUGUCUGGUAUUCGUGUGGUGCGGAGCUUCAACAGAAAACAUGAAGCCCGUCGCUAUGACGACCGCUUGAUGGGCACAAAAGCCCUCAAGACCCGCCGGGACAUUGUCUCAGCUGUUUAUCUGCUCGCACGGAGGUUGACAGGGUUGGCCAUGCAGGUCCUCAUGUUGUACUACAGCAGGCUGUUAAUCCAGAGUGGACAGAUGACAACUGGCAACAUGGUUUCCUUCAUCCUCUACCAGUCAGAUCUUGGAGACAACAUCAGGACACUCACCUACAUCUUUGGGGACAUGCUGAACUCGGUGGGUGCUGCUGGGAAAGUGUUUGAGUACCUGGACCGAAAACCUCAGGUCGACACAGACGGAAAACUCAAACCUGAUCAGCUGACAGGACACGUUCACUUCCACAGUCUCAACUUCGCCUAUCCUUCAAACCCCAACAAAAUGGUGCUACAGGAUUUUUCCUUGGAGCUGAAGCCGGGUCAGAUGACGGCCCUGGUGGGUCCGUCUGGAGAAGGAAAAAGCACCUGUGUGAGUCUGCUGGAGCGGUUCUACGAGCCACAGGAGGGAGAGAUCCUACUGGACAAUGCGCUGAAAUCCUACGACCACCAGUUCCUCCACAGAAAGGUCGCAGUGGUGAGCCGACCAGUGCUCUUCUCUGGCACCAUUAGAGACAACAUCGCCUACGGGCUUCCUGACUGCUCAUUGGAUGAGAUCCAGGAAGCAGCACGCAAAGCCUACGCCCACGACUUCAUCAGGCAGCUGGAGAAAGGCUACGACACAGAGGUGGGUGAAGGAGGCGGCCAGUUGUCCAAGAGCGAGAAGCAGCAGAUCGCCAUCGCUCGAGCUCUGGUCAGACAACCACAGGUCCUCAUUCUGGACGAAAUAACCAGCUCUCUGGACACUGAGAGUGAAAAUAAGGUCCAGCAGGCCCUGGCUAGCUGUCCCAACCAGACGCUUCUGGUCAUCGCUCACAAGCUGAAGACCGUUGAGAAGGCAGAUCAGAUUGUUGUGAUUGGUGGUGGCAGAGUUGAGGAGAAAGGGACUCACCAGGAACUGAUGAACAUGAAGGGCUACUACAAACUGGUGGAGAAGCUUUUCACUGAGGGAAACUCGGUGCAAUGAAAAACUACUGUCACUGUGUAAAUGCUGCAGUUUGAUGUGAGAUAAUUCUGUUUCAGUUCAACAGCAGCUAACCUGAUGAAGAUGUGUGAUAACAAGUUGGAAUUACUGUAAAUAUUUAAGUCAAAU